GGUAUAAGAACCUACCAAUUAUCACGCGUUUGACGGGAAGAGGAAUUCUUCAAAAUUAUACGAAGUAGCGUGUUUUAAUGCGAAACUUAAACGACAUAUCGUAGGUCACAUGAUUUUCCAUUCCAAACAACAACCAGACCCGCCAUUCUACUUCCCCUCCAAAAUUAACAUAAUAAUCACCAAAUACCUCCGCUCCUAGUGUUCUUGUAGUUAUUUUAAAUUCUUUCUGCAGAGAUCUGACGCGAUGCCUGUGAAUUUGACGCCAAACGCAAUAUCAAUGAUAAAUGGCGGUGAUGUGAACAUGAAACCGCUCGUUCAGGUUGUUGAUAUAAAGCAAAUAGGAAGCGCACAGGAGAGGUAUCGUUUCCUUAUAUCUGACUCGGUCUCCACUCAGCACGCUAUGCUCGCUACUCAACUUAACGACCGAGUUAAACACGGUUUUGUUAAGAAAGGAUCUGUUGUUCAAUUGAUUGAUUAUAUUUGCAGCGAAGUCCAGAAUCGCAAGAUUAUUGUCGUUCUGAACUUGGAAACUAUAAUCCCAGAAUGUGAAAUUAUCGGAAAUGCAAAAACCCUUACUGAUAUGUUUGCUCAGAAGGCAUCGCAGAAUGGAAACUCUGUACAGUCAGCAGGGGUUGGUUAUAACAACUCAAGUGCUCGUAAUCAUGAUAAUAACGUGCAGAAUUUCCAGCCUCCUUUGAGUGCCCAUAAUCAGGGCUCUAGUAUGCAUAAUUUCCGACCUACUUUCAGUUCUCAAAAUCAUGGCAAUAAUAUGCAAAAUUUCACCUCCAAUUUGAGCGCCCAAAAUUAUGGUAAUAAUAUUCAGAGUUUCCAACCAAAUGUUCAACCUCCUUACCGACCACCUCCAAAUUAUAGAAAUCAUGGUGCUAUUAUGAAGAACGAGGCACCAGCACGGAUCAUUCCCAUUGCUGCUUUGAAUCCUUAUCAGGGGCGGUGGGCUAUCAAGGCUAGGGUAACUGCAAAAGGGGAUCUCCGUCGUUACAACAAUGCCCGAGGAGAUGGUAAAGUGUUCUCUUUUGACCUUCUUGACUCUGAUGGAGGUGAAAUACGAGUGACCUGUUUCAAUGCUGUUGUUGAGCGCUUUUAUGAUGUUAUUGAGGUUGGUAGGGUCUAUUUGAUUUCAAAGGGUAGCUUAAAACCUGCACAGAGGAAUUUCAACCAUUUGAAGAAUGAGUGGGAGAUAUUUUUGGAGGCAACUUCAACUGUGGACCUUUGUCCUGACGGAGAUAAUUCUAUACCAAAACAGCAGUUUACCUUCAAAAAAAUUAGUGAAAUCGAGAAUGUAGAAAACAACUCCAUCCUUGAUGUUAUUGGUAUUGUGAUAUCUGUUAAUCCAUCAGUUCCUAUCUUGAGAAAAAAUGGCAUGGAAACUCAGAGAAGAAUUUUGAAUCUUAAGGAUGGUUCUGGUAGGAACAUUGAGCUAACUCUUUGGGGGGAUUUCUGCAAUAAGGAAGGUCAGCAGCUGCAAGAGAUUGUUGAUUCUGGGGAUUUUCCAGUUUUAGCUGUCAAAGCAGGGAAGGUUAGUGACUUCAGUGGGAAAUCACUAGGGACGAUUUCUUCUACUCAGCUCUUCAUUAAUCCAGAUAUUCCUGAGGCUCAUGGUCUGAAAGACUGGUUUGAUCGAGGGGGACAGCAUACUGCUUCUGUGUCCAUUUCCAGAGACAUUUUGCCAGGAGGAUCUAAGAAUGAGAUACGUAAAACUGUGUCUCAAAUCAAGCAUGAAGGUCUUGGAAGAUCAGAUAGGCCGGAUUGGGUCACAGUGAGUGCAAGAAUAACUUUUGUCAAGACAGAUACAUUCUGUUAUACAGCUUGCCCAUUGAUGAUCGGAGAUAGACAGUGUAACAAGAAAGUGACAAGUUCAGGAAACUCGAGAUGGCAGUGUGAUAGAUGUAAUCAAGAAUUUGAUGAGUGUGAUUAUAGGUAUCUUCUUCAAGUUCAGAUUCAAGACCAUACAGGAUUGACUUGGGUAACAGCUUUUCAGGAGUCUGGGGAAGAGAUAUUGGGUUUACCAGCAAAGGAAUUAUACCAGUUGAAGUAUGAAAUGCAGGAUGAUACCAAAUUCUCGGAUGUAAUCCGGAGCAGACUCUUUCAGCAAUUUCUGUUCAGGCUUAAGAUAAAAGAGGAAAUGUACGGUGAUGAACAAAGGGUGAAAAUCACUGUUGUUAAAGCAGAAAAGGUGAACUAUUCUUCAGAGGGCAGAUACUUGCUUGAUUUGAUUUCACAAUGUCCAAGAUAUUGAAUGAUUUGUACCAAGGAUAACUGAUUUUAGCUCCAGUUGUCUUGGUUCUUUGACAUUCAUCAACACAAAAUUUAUUGUUUAGUAACUCUAUCAACAUUCUCAGAGAUGCACAUUUGAUAUUUGUAGACACCUUUCAUAUUGCUUGUAAAGCUCAUUGAAAUUGA